AUGGAUCCGAACCUCCCUUUCACCCCCAUUAAUCACCACCCUACCGACAUUUUCGAUGAGGGCAACAGCACUACUACUAGCGCAUUGGACUUCUCGUCCUCCCCCUUCAGCUCUAGCCCGGGCUUCUCCCGGUACGGCUCUCAAUUUGGCCCGCACUAUCGCGCCUCUCAAGAAACGCAUGACGAUCUGCGCAGCGCGCACUCUGACCUGCAGAACAACUUUGCUCGGGUACAAGCGGAGCUGGAGGCUGAACGAGCCAUUCGUUCCGCGCUUGCACAAGCGUUGGCCAACAGCGCGGGCAACACAACCGGGCCGCCCGGAGGCAACGUCGCCCGAUCGCGCCCAAAGAAAACUGACUACCCCAACAUCCGCUACUGGUUCCAUCACGAGUAUCUUGCGCAGGAGAGGGCCAAGCGUCAAGCCAGGACCAUCACCGAUCCUGCUCAAGAUCUCACCGAAGACAUCAACGACGGCACCCCGAAACCCGGAAAGCGAGGUCCUACUCGUGCAGCACAUGGCUACAACGACACCUUCCAGUGGCUUGAAGACGAAACUGGAAAGCCUGUGAGUGGAGCCUACUGCACACUUAUUCGAGCCCGUUCUCGCGCGAUUUGGGAGCGUCUGCUCGAGGACAACCGUGCGCCUGCGAAGUGGGGUCGCGCUCCAACGGACGUCCGCACGGAGUACAUUGAGGAGAUGGAGGGGGCGUUUCCAGAGCUGGGAUACUGCGAGGCUCACUAUAAAGCCAUCCUUGUCGCGACGAUGGGGUAUCCCGCGUUCAUCAGGGGACGCAAGGCGGCCCUUGCCAACGGCAGCAAUGGCAGCGGCGGUGGCGACAAUGACGGUGAUCAUCCCGGCUCGUGCGCUGGUGUGAAGAGGUGUUCUCCUGCAGGCCUUUCGACAACCUCGCACAAGAAGGUCCGGAACUCUCCUCCAUCGCCGUCGCCUCCUUCUACGCCCACCUCAUUGUCGCUCAUGUUACCGGAUGAAGUUUCCGAUCUCAUGGAGAACGGCUAUACACUCAGUACCCCGCCAUCGCCUGUGAUCGGUAAUGAAGAUGGUUCCCCGCCCACGACGACGCUCCCUGCCCACGCCAACCCAACUGACCGCCCGCGAGUCCAAAUUCGGAAUGUGUUUACCAACUAUCUAGAACAGCAGGCUCUUGCUGCCGCAUUGCAGAAGUCCGCGCUCCCGGAAUCCCAAGUACCCACUGUUUCCCAUUCUGAUGCUGUCGGGAGCACGGAGCCAGCCUCUGCCUCCACGACAUCCACUCCUUCCUCACCGGUUCAGAGCUCCGGGUCCACGGAUAUGGAUGUCACGAUUGCGCCCGCGCAAGAUGGCCAAGCCCCCCUCCAUCUUCUCACUGCUGCUGCCGGUGUCGCAUCUGGUCACCCCGCAACUCCUCCCCCUCUUGAGAGUUCCCCCACUGUGCCGGUGCUUGUCAUGUCGACAGCGCCAGUGCAAGGACCCGAAUUGCCUGCGGACAUGGCGGAUGCUAACUCCACGAUACUUCUCGGCCAGAAGAAGCCGAAGCCACAGCCGAAACGCUUCACCGUCAAAGACGGUUGUAUGACUGUGCGGAGCAUCUGCGGCAGGCACUGGCUGAAGGACCAUCCCGACGGCAGUGUCCCGGAAUUCAACAAACACUGGAAGGUGGUCAAGACGACGCCAAACCUCGUCAAGUAUGAGGAAGAGCGGCAAGCCUACACGGUUUUCCGGCUGGGCUUGAAGGGCCGUUUGGCGCUCUUUCAUCUACUUCUCGAGGACAGCAAGGCCGGAUUAGAGGAGGGCGAGAGGGAUUAUAUACACAGUGGGGCAACAGUGACGCAGACGUGGCUCCCAGCUGUCCGCGCGCUCGGACCCGCACUCAAGCACCUCGCGAUCAACAUCAACGAUAUCACGACGGACAUUGGCCACUGGUACGGAAGUCGCACUGAGGAGGCGCUGCGGGGAAGCAUCACGGGGUUCUACGACGUGCUCACGCCGUGCAGCGAGCUCCGCUCGCUGUGUGUCCAGUACGAAGGCAUGCCGAGCUUGGGCAAGUUCGUCCCGGAUUCGUACCGCAAUAGGAUGCCGUUUGUGAUUAGGCCGUUCUUCGUCGACGCACUCACCGUGAAGCUCUGUGGCGACCGGCCCCUGUUUCCCCAUCUCAAUACGCUCGAGUACCGCCUCGUAGGAUGCACCUCGGAGUGCUUGAGGGAAGGAGGCUUCGAGGUAGCUUUCGAGAAACAAGCGUCGACGUUGGUCAGGGGAGGCAGUUGUCCGCUCCUGCGAAGGCUAGUGGUCGGGUUCGAAGAGCAGUUGGAGGAAGAUCCCAACCGGGCAGUUGUGGUAGAUAUUGAUCAGCGCACGAUCCUGUGA